GUCAAGCAGACGGCACGCCGUUGCAAGUUCUAAUAAUCCGCUCUUCCCCACAGUCUGACAUAUCUUUACAUUUUGACACAUCCGCAUUUGUUCUUUAGCGUCCAUGGCAGACGAAAAGUCAGGUUUCGCAUCGCAAUGCCAAGAUACUACGAAACCGCACCGCACGCCCUAGCCGCUGGAAUUGCCUUUCCCAUAAUAGGCAUUAUCGCUGUGGCUCUGAAAUUCAAAGUGCGCAGGAUACAAAAUCAGCCUUUGAAGGCCGAUGAUUGGACUCUGGUACCAGCCACGCUGUUCACAUUCGCGAUUGGCAUCGCCAUAUCGCAUGGUGCGACGCAUGAAGCAAUAGGAUGGCCACUCAAGGAGCGUCCUGAUACUACUGGUGAUACACCACCAGAAGCAACCUCCCAAGAGAGACUGGCGCGAACGGUGUGGUCUACUUCGAACUCUUCUCAGGCCUCUGCUAAUUCUCAAACUGUCCAGAUCCAAUAUAUUUUCCUCAUAUUGUAUCCUCUGGCCCUCGGCUCGACAAAACUCUCGCUGCUUUUCCUUUACAAGCGAAUUUUCUCAAUCAGUAGGAGAACGCGUCUUGUGAUUUUGGCUACCAUCGGGGUUGUUGCUGGGUGGAUGAUCUCGAUAUUCUUCGCGGAGCUGUUUCAAUGCAACACGAGAUUUUGGGCCAACUGGGGCUCGUCUUAUGAUCUCAGGACCCAAUGCAACAGGACCACAAUGAUCGUAUUUGCUGUCGCUCUGACGGACUCGCUCCUCGAUCUGACGAUCCUGAGCAUGCCUAUCCCUAUGAUAUUACAAUUAAGGCUGUCGACUGGUCGGAAAGUCGGGGUGCUCUCAAUUUUCCUUCUAGGAGUCGUGACGGUCACGGCGUCCAUUGUCCGCCUCGCCCUGAUUAUCCCGCUUGUAUUCACUCUCUACGAGGCAGACGUCAAUCACAGAUUUGUUAGCAUCACAACCUCUGUUUACUGGGGAAUGGUCGAGGCAGGCAUCGGGAUACUCGUCGCCUGCCUUCCCACACUCCAGUUCAUGCUUCGGAAAAAUAGGUGGAGGGCAAUCAUAGGGCAACCCGUCAGCGCGCAGCAAGCCAGCACAGGCAACUCGAUCCCGCACUCCUUCAAAUUGAAGUUGGGAAGCAAUCCCGAGAUUCAGGUGGACCGCACGUUCGAUGUCACAUACGACAACAUGGACACAAAUCCUAUUUUAUCGCAGGCUCCGAACGUGACUCAAAAUAACAGGACAAGUGAAGGUGGGACGGAUGACAUCGAAAUGCAGGGCUUCCAAUUCAAAGGACACUCACGCUGAUGGGGAGUCAUUUAAAAAGUGGCAUUGUUCGGAGCUGGUCUCCUUAGACAGCCGCAGAGAUCACCCCUGAGGAAGCCGUUCCAGCAUGUGAUGGUCGGAGAUGUAUAAAAGCGUAGGUCAGUUUGAGUAUAAUGAACACUGUGGAAGAUGAGAUCCUGUGUCAAGAUGUAUUUCAGCGGUCCUGUUGUAUCUUUAUGUGUGUUUAACAGAGGUCUUGGUACAACGAAGUGGACGUACAUAUCCGUA